GUCAGUGGAAGAGAGGCUUGGUUGGAAAGUGGGAAAAGUGGAAUACUGUACUAGGCAGGGCGAGCAACUGGGAGACAAUAGCGAGUAGAGCGAGGAUAGUCGCUGUUCCAAGACAGAGCUGUGCUUUCUUAAGCGAAUUGUGAUGGCACAUACAGUCGUGGGAAGUUUCAAUAAUGUCUCUGUCGAUUAAAGCAGCACGGGUGGAGAGUGCGUCUUCUCGGUGUGCGUCUGCACCUUGUGUAUGAUAGCUUGAGCCAAAGGUCAGACAAUUUUUUGGCAACCGGGCAGUUAAAAAUGCCACGUUCAGCCGAUUUACUGCGGUGCGCAAGCAGACCGCGUUGCCGGGCGAUGCCUGCGCGAGGGGAAUCGUGGUUCAACUGAGGGAAUCUGGACGACUGAAGAUGGUUUUGUGCGAACCAUGGCUAAUGGAACUGGCACAAUCAUGUUGAAAUGCGUUGUUGUUGGAGACGGCGCCGUGGGCAAAACUUGCCUGUUGAUGAGCUACGCCAACGACGCUUUUCCAGAGGAAUAUGUGCCAACUGUCUUUGACCAUUACGCAGUGAGUGUGAAUGUCGGGGGCAGACAGUACCUGUUGGGACUCUACGAUACCGCAGGGCAGGAAGACUAUGACCGCCUGAGGCCUUUAUCUUACCCGAUGACCGACGUCUUCCUCAUCUGCUUCUCGGUGGUCAACCCGGCCAGCUUCCACAAUGUGCGGGAGGAGUGGGUCCCCGAGCUUCGGGAGUACGCGCCUGGCGUUCCCUUCCUGCUCAUCGGAACCCAGAUCGACCUGCGGGAUGACCCCAAGACCAUUGCCAAGCUGAACGAUGUCAAAGAGAAGCCUGUUGUCACAGAGCAGGGGCAGAAGUUGGCCAAAGAGAUCGGUGCCUGUUGCUACGUGGAGUGCUCGGCGCUAACACAGAAGGGGCUGAAGACGGUUUUUGACGAGGCGAUCAUCGCUAUCCUCGCUCCGAAGAAGAGCAUCAUUAAGAGACGCCUGGGCACACGUUGCAUCAGCUGCUGCCUGAUCACGUGACCGGUUGUUACACUGUUGCCUGAACACGUGACCCCAUUGCCUCGCUGCUGCCCGACGGUGUGACCCACUGCUAAGCUUCUGACUGUCUGAUCACGUGACUUGUAGCUGCUCAGCUAUCUGAAUGUGUGGCCCUCUGCUAUGCCGCUGUCUGGUCAUGUGGUGCGUUGCUAUGCCGCUGUCUGGUCACGUGACCUGUUGCUGUGCUGAGGCUUGAUCACGUGACCCCUGCUUUCUGUUCACGUGAGAGAGGGAGGAGCUGUAGGAACUGUCUGUAUGCUGUGGACCUGAUCCCAAAGCCAGAUUCUGGUUCUCACUCAGCUGUGGGUCCAGAGGGUAGAAAAUGGGGGGCUCAGUGGGAGAGGGGGGCUUUAUUACAAGGGAAAAUAUCCCCAUUCGCUCAGCAGCACAGUCUCCCAGCACCAAUGUUCUUAAGACUUUUUAAUGUUCCUCAGAAUGGACAUUCCAACAUUUUUUAAUGACGUUGAAAGAUGUGCUUUAUACAAAAUUUAUAUAACGAAAAAAAACUUACCCCAAUAUCGAACAUUGGACAAGAGGUCAGAUGAAAAAAGAUUUUGUCGGAUGUUGGUCCCUCCAAAUUUUUAGUUCACGUAAUGAUUUUGCUGGUCCCAGGCCAGAUAAGUGCAUCUCAGGUGCAUAGAGCUCCUUUUUGUUAUUCGUGAGCUGCUUUUGAUGGCAGUGGUUCCAGUUGGGGUGAAUGAAGAAGCAUGCCAGGGCCUUUUUUAAAAACAUGUUUCUUUUUUCUUCAGAGAAGCACACAUUGGAAAAUUAAAGAAGUUUUACAAUAAUGUUGGUGGAAUGUUUCGUAGCACUAUAUAGAAGAAGCAAACACACCCAUAAGCACAGAAAAAAUGGAAAACUGUGUUCAAUAAUGAGCCAGACUGGUUCCAGUUCUACAGAAACUAAGAAUAAGGUUGGAUGUUAUUCAAAAUAAUCUUCUGAAAACUUUUAUUUGACAUAUAUUAUUUUAUUUGACAUACAUAUAUAUUUCUGAAUCAUAGAAUCACAUAAUUUUUAGAAGAUUAUUUCACAGUGCAUCAAAUCUUUUCUUAGUCAUUGAUGGACAAGCACCUAAAGAGGAAAAUAUUCACACAGUUUGUGUAUGAGCCCAAGAUAUGUUUUACAAAUGAUUUCCAGCCCUACAGAGGCUAGAUCCCCGACUAGAGG